CCCCGCGCGCAUCGGGACAGCCCUCCUGCUAUCCCCUCAGGGUGCCAGGGCCUCUUCAGGUCCCUACUCAUUAGACGAUCACUGACCUCAUCGCGACGUUUGUGAACUAGCUGCUAGGCCCUCCGACCAGGCCUCUGGGAAUGGGAUGGGUGGGUUCCAGGAACUGAGAUGCCCUACGCAGUCGCCUCCUUGUGCGCGCUGUAGAACGAGUGUUAUCCACACAGUGAAAUACGACUUUAACACCUUGAACCACCUGUUUCUGGACAGUUCCCUUCGAGGAGCCAAGGAUUAGAAGCUGAGAUAACCGGUGUGUGUGAACUGUAAACUUUGGAUCUUUUGGACUCACUGGAUGGCUUUGAACUGUACACAAAGUCAGAGAUCCUAUCAGAAGCUGCCUCCCCCCAUCCAGCAUGCUUCUUCCUGCCAUGGAGCUCCCUGGGGGCAGUUAGAACAAGUCCCAGUGUAGACGGCCAUAUGGAUGUCCUUGAAAGCAGACCACAGACUGUUGAGUUCAUAGUCCACCUCCAAUCCGUUCCCUCUUGGACUUCUCAGCCGUGCAGAGAUGCUUCUGGAAAUGAACCUCCCCAGAAGGGAAGUUGCCUUUUCAUAUUGAUUGAAGUGUGAACAAGAGACAGAAACCACCUGACUUGACCACACCUGGCAUUCCUGGGCUGGGGACACCAGUUGGGGACAGAUGAAGAGGAUGAAGCCAUCUGGAGAGUAAAUGGCCACCUCCACUUUCCCAGAGACAAAGUCAGCAGCCUGGUGGAACUACUUUUUCCUAUACGACGGUUCCAAGGUAAAGGGAGAAGGAGACCCAACCAGAGCUGGCAUCUGUUACUUCUAUCCGUCCCAGACCCUGUUAGACCAGCAGGAACUGCUCUGUGGCCAGCUUGCCGGAGUCGUGCGGUGCCUGUGGGACCUUUCUGGCACCCCACCCACGCUCAUCCGUCUGAGGAAACUCAAGUUUGCCAUCAAGGUGGAUGGGGAUUACCUGUGGGCACUGGGCUGUGGUGUGGAGCUCUCUGAUGCUAGCUGCAGGCAGUUUCUGGAUCAGCUCAUUGGAUUUUUUCAUUUCUACAUGGGCCCUGUCUCCCUGGCCUACAAGAGCCAUUCUCGAGAGGAGCUGAGCUUGCAGUGGGAUACCCUCAUCACACAAGUCCUCAGGAGCACCAACGAAUCGCACAGGAUCUUCAAUGCCCUGUGGAACCUGGACUGCACCAAAGUAGAGCCCCUGCUGCUGCUGAAGGCAGCCCUCAUCAUACAGACCUGCCAGCGCUCACCCCAUGUGCUAGCCGGCUGCAUCCUCUAUAAAGGACUGAUUGUGAAUUCCCAGCUCCCGCCUUCCCUUACUGCCAAGGUCCUGCUUCAUCAGACUGUACCUGCAGACCAGAGGCUGCCUGGAGGAGGAGCGGCCCCACAGGGAACAGGAGCAGUGUUGCCCCCUGAUGUGCAGAUCACCCCUGUUUUUCUGAGUGAGGAGGAAGUUGCCAGCCUCCACGAGUUCCCAGUAGAGCAUGAAGCUCGACUCCAGGAAAGUUCAUUUCAGUACCCUCCCUGGGAUCAAAGCACGCCUACCCAGGCAGAAGAUGCCUGGACAUCAGCCUCUAUCCUGGAGCCCACGCUGCUUGAUGGAGCCUGGCCGAAUGGCAGUGAGGCAGAUGAGCACAUGCCUAGGCGUGAGCAGGAGCAUGCUGGGCCUACAGGACUGCGCACCGCUGCCUGUGGCCAGGGCUCUGGCCUCGGCAGCAGGCUGCAGAAGGAGCUGCGUCUCUCCCAAGAGGAACUGGACGUGUCUGAAAUGCACAUUUCUGAGGCUCAGGAAGCCUUCCCACCUGUGCCUGCUGUGGGUGAUCAGGAAGCUAUCCACCCCAGCCACAGUGCCCCCAGCCUCAGUGCCCCCACACUGCCUGAAGACACAGCCGUUUGCAGCCAUCUGGACCCUUCCCCUCUGGAGAGGCUCCCUGAGAGUGGAAGGCUGGAACAGCUUGCAGACCGUCCCCUCACCAAUGGCCAAACCCAAGUUCUUGGCACAGACCCUCUCCCCAGCAGCAAGCCCGUCGUGUUUCUUCCCCAGCAUCCUGUGGGUGUAGAGCCCAGUGUGGAGCCAUAUGAGAACGGAGCCCAGGAGACCUGCUCGGUCCUGGCACGCAGUUCCCACUCAGCGGACUCUCAGGGUCCCAGCCCCUCGGCAGACAGAGUUGGCUUCAAGCCAUCCCCAUCUGGGCCCCAUGCAGGGCUCGUGCCCAUGAACCUCUACACGCACAGUGUGAACGGACUGGUGCUGUCCCUGCUGGCCGAAGAGACUCUUCUCAGCGAUACUGCAGCCAUUGAGGAGGUGUACCACAGCAGCCUGGCAUCGCUGAAUGGGCUGGAAGUCCACCUGAAGGAGACACUGCCCAGAGACGAGGCUAGACUCACAGGCAGCACAUACAACUUCCUGCAUUAUGACCGCAUCCAGAGCAUGAUCUCAGCCAACCUGCCCCUAGUGGCUGCUCCCCAGGACCGCCGGUUUCUGCAGGCCGUCACCCUCAUGCACUCCGACUUUGCCCGGCUGCCUACGCUGUACGAGAUGACCGUCAGGAAUGCUGCCACAGCUGUGUACGCCUGCAGCAACCCUGCCCAGGAGACCUACUUCCAGCAGCUGGCGCCCACUGCCCGCGGCUCCGGUUUCCCCAACCCUCAGGAUUGUGCCUUCAGCCUCUCGAGCAAAGCCAAGCAGAAGCUGCUGAAGCACGGGGUGAACCUGCUGUGAGUGGAGUGCAGCCUGUGUGUCACGGGGCCGAGGAGCGGCCUCUCCAGACCAUGUCCCCAGUGCUAGGGGUUGAGCAGGACCUUGCUUCUCAGUGGCAGCUGCAGGAGGCUGCGUGGGCUCAGGUUCUGUUGUGUGUUAGUGCCUUGAGAACAGUGCGGUGCAGAGCAGGCUGCAGGCUCAGGAAUGCAGCCGCAGGAAUCUCAGCUGAGGGGUUACUUGAGGUAUCCACGGUGCUUUGCAACCUUGCAGUGCUGAGCUCCAGGUUUAUGAAGCAGGUUCCCAAAGGCUCAAAAAUAAAAUGACCAAACUGA